ACAAAACAAUAUAACCCUGCCCAAAACAAUGCAAUGGAUUUAAUGGUUAUAUUGGGAAUUUUAUUUGUUUUAAAGUAAACUAUAAUGGUGUCUGGUAUGUGAUGGUUUCUAUUGGUGGUUAAAAGCUAUUGUAAUGGCUUCACCAUUUGAAUUUCUGUAAUGGUUUUGAGCUUCUACUGUUUUUUUCUGCAAAUUCACACAGACCACAUCAGAAAUGUUUAAGGGAACUGGUGACGAACAUGACACGAGAUUGCUUAAAGACGUCUGCUCUGAAAGAUUUAGAGUUUUUCCAUGUGAGGACAUGAGAGAUUCUGAGCCCUGCAGAAUGAAACACACUGAAGUACAAACAGAGCUGAUUGAGGAAAACAUAAAGAUUGAAGAACCGAGUGAAGAAGAGGAGGAGAAACAUCAUGCGAAUACUGGAGAAAAACCUUUGAGUCACUCCGAUGAGAAAUCUUUCACCUGCACUCAGUGUAGAAAGAGUUUGACGAGCAAACAGAGUCUUGAGAUUCACAUGAUGAUCCACGCUGAAGAGAAACCGUUCACAUGUGACCAACUGCGUUCUGGUGUGAGAGAAUACGUGUGCUUUGAGUGCGAGAAGACUUUUUUUUCAGCGGAACGACUAAGACAGCACCAGAGGAUCCACUCUGGAGAGAAACCUUACAAGUGUUCACACUGCGACAAGAGAUUCAAUCGGUCAGAAAACCUGAAAACACAUGUGAGAACCCACACCGGAGAGAAACCAUACACGUGUGAUCAGUGCGGGAAGAGUUUUGCACAAAAAGGACACCUUACUGCGCAUCUGACCGGUCAUACGGGAGAGAGACCGUUCACAUGUGUUCAGUGUGGAAAGAGUUUUGCACAAAUAAGAAUCCUUAAGAAACACAUAAACAUCCACACCGGAGUGAAACCGUUCACAUGUGAUCAGUGCGGGAAGAGUUUCACACAUUCAUCGCAACUGAAGAGACACAUGACCAUCCACACCGAAGAGAAACCGCAUACGUGCGAUCAGUGCGGAAGAAUAUUUUUGAGGGAUUCGUACCUGAAGAAACACCUGAAAGUUCAUUCAGAAGAGAAACCACAUUCAUGUUCUUUCUGUGGAAAGAGAUUUUUACUGCUGCAAAGUUUAAAACUGCAUCAGAAGAUACACACUGGUGUGAGAGAUUACAUUGAGCGUGAAGAGACUUUUAUUACAGCUGAACAAUUGAGACGGCACCAGAGGAUCCACACUGGAGAGAAACCUUACAAGUGUUCACACUGCGACAAGAGAUUCAGCCAGUCAGAAAAUCUGAAAACACACGUGAGAACUCACACCGGAGAGAAACCAUACAAGUGUUCACACUGUGGCAAGGGAUUCAGUCGGUCAGAAUAUCUGAAAAUGCACAUGAGGAUCCACACCGGAGAGAAACCUUACUCGUGUGAUCAGUGUGGCAUGUGUUUUACACAAAAAGGAAACCUUACUGUGCAUCAGACUGUUCAUACGGGAGAGAAACCAUUCACUUGUGAUCAAUGUGGAAACAGUUUUGCACAGUUAAGAGUCCUUAAGAAACACAUGAAC